AUGUCUUUACUUCGUUCCAUUAAAGCCAGUGUGCCUCAAUUCCAACGCGCCUUUUCAACUAUCAAAAUACCCGACAUGGAGGUGGACAAUCUUGUGAUUGGUGCCGGCGUAAUCGGUUUGGCCAUUGGCGAAAAGUUGACCCGCGAACGACCUUCAGAGACCACCAUUGUCGUUGACAAAAACAAGCGAUGUGGCGAGGAAACCAGCUCCCGCAACAGUGAAGUGAUCCAUGCAGGCAUAUAUUAUCCCAAAGAUAGUUUGAAGACUCAGCUUUGCAUCCAAGGCAAAAAUCUUAUGUACAGUCUUCUCUCGCACACAAACAUUCCAUACAACAAGAUUGGCAAGCUUGUCGUCGCUCAAACCGGAGAACAGCAAAGCUAUCUUCAAGAAUUGCAUGACAAAUCAAACGAACUCGGUGUCGAAACGCGCAUGUUGACUGGCGAUGAGACAGCUGCCAUGGAACCUGAAGUCAAAGCAUGUGCUUCAUUGCUAUCACCAACAACCGGCAUCAUCGACUCUCACUUAUUUAUGGAUUAUUUGGAGCAACAAAUUGUUCAGAAUGGGGGCGAUUUGGGUCUGUAUACCUCGGCGAUGGCGAUCCAACCUUGUACCGAGGGUGGUGAUGGUUAUAUUGUCGACCUCGCCACGCCACCAGGUUCAGCAGAGGUGACUACCGUAUUAGCUAAGCGUGUUUUCAAUGCCGCCGGCUUGCAUGCGGACAAAGUAUCGAACUUGUUGCUGGGCGAUAAAUACAAGCUUCACUACGGUCGAGGAUUCUACUAUGCAUACAACGGACCUGUCAAAGUCAACCAUCUUAUCUACCCUUGUCCGGCUAAGAAUCUCGCAGGCCUUGGCACACAUUUGACUGUGGAUAUGGCGGGGAAGAUCAAGUUUGGUCCCGAUAUCCAUUAUAUUGACGACCCGUACGAUUACAAUGUACCAGACGACUCUAACGAUCGGCAGCGCUUCGCGGAAGCGGUUCGAAGUUUCAUGCCGCAUAUUGAUCCUAACAAAUUACAUCCUGAUUAUGCUGGCAUAAGGUACUGGAAAGAAAAACAGUUUUCUUGCUCCUCGUUGGUUAUGAGUCGCAAAUUUAUCUCACAAUGCUACAUCUUCUUAGACCGAAGCUUGCAGGACCUGGUGAGCCAUUUAGAGACUUUCUGA